AGUAUUUUUUUUACAGAUAUAGACUAAAAAUACAAUUAUUAAUACCAAAUAAAAGUGAAUAAUUUAAGUGGAUCUGAAAAAGGUUUUAUAUAAUUUCACUGUUGUUAGGUUAGGCAAAAAAUUGUUUGUUUCCACACCUAUAUUAAAGAGAAGGAGGUCGGAAUAAUUGCUUUUCUAACCGUUUAAUAGUAUACCCAAAAAACUGUAACUUCUCUUUAUGUUUUAUCUGCGUCAGAUGUGGAUCAUAUAACUCAACGAAACUAUUUCAAAUACGUCUCAACUUGAAGAUGUCCUCGUUGCAAUCACCAUUGUGUCGCAUGACUGAUAAAAGUAGGUUUGGCACGUUGUCUUAAUUUAGAAAUAGAAAUGACAUUUCAAGGACAAAUACUUUCGGUACUUUGGCACUUGUUUAUGACUUUCUGAAUAUAAAACCAGCGUUGUUUACUGCGAGCGUUAAUUGUUUCAACUUGAAAAGACGAAGCAUGUAUCUGCAUUGUGUGCUCACACUGCUGGCAUUGUUUGGUAUCCCCGUAUUAGAAUGCCUACAGUGUUUCAACUGUCAAAAUAGCAAUGAUCCCAAAUGUACAGGCCGGGUGGAAUGUUUAGACAACCAGUCCUGCUUUGUGCAAACCGUCCAUUCUGGCAAUGAAGUACUUUACAACAUGGGCUGUCAUAACAAUCAGUUAUGCAGUUCCUUACGUGUUGACCACAGUGAAAUCAUUGGUCGCUCAGUACAGACAAGACAACAGAACAGAUGUCAUGAAUGUUGUAGUACAGAUUACUGCAACGAGGAGCAACUCUGUGCUCACAGAGAAGACUCAGCGGGUCGCCAGUUCAUAUUCGGAAUCCCAGAGACAUAUAAUAGCUCGCACGAUUAUAUCAAACUGUACAUUGCAAGCAAGGACGUCUCUAAGGUCUACAUCACAGCGCCAGGAAUCGGUUUCAACCAAACUAUAACAACACUUGCUAACACCUCCACCGCAGUUGCUAUUCCUGGCAGCAUUGUCACCACAACUGGUUUGUCUAACAAAGCUGUAUAUGUUGAGUCGGAUCAAACCAUAUCAAUCUAUGUCAUGGUUAGAGAGAUAGGAAGCUCAGAUGGAUUGCUACUUUUACCAAUCGCUGAUGACGCACCGGAAUUUUUCGUUGCUUCAUACGAACCAGUAGAUCCUACAGGUCCAAGUCAAUUUUUGAUUAUUGCAUUAGAAGACAGCACUUUGAUUGACAUUCAACUGAGAACAUCUGCUGGACCCGUCAUCAUAGGAAGCCAAAGCUACAGCAGCGGACAAAAUGUUUCACUUAAAAUGAGUAAAAUGCAAACAUACUUGGUUCAACACGAACAUGACUUGACAGGUACACAUAUUACUAGUUCCAAGCCUGUUUCUGUUGUAUCUGGUACUAAAUGUGCGAAUGUUCCUCAUGAUGCAACUUCUUGUGAUUUCUUAGUGGAACAAAUGUUACCAGUAUCUUUUUGGCAGCGCGAAUACGUGUGUGCCAAACUGAAAUCUAGAGGAACCAACAGACUGCGCAUUUUAUCGUCAGUCGAUGGAACAUCUGUGAAUAUUGGAGCAACCCACAUUAAAUUAAAUAAAGGAGAAUUCUAUGAAUAUGUUAACUCAAAUGACGUUGCAACACCAAUUGAAUCUAAUUUUCCAGUUUUAGUGUUACAAUAUGCAGAAGGGGGUGACCACGAUUCCAAGAGAGGAGAUCCUAGCAUGAUUACUAUUCCUUCUAUAAACAGCCAAGAAGCAGAAUAUUUCUAUGAAACUGCAACGCCUCUACCUUACCAUUACGUCUCAAUAACAAUUCGCACAGACCAGGCAAACGGACUGCAUAUUGAUGGUUCUACCGUCAGUCGUUCCGAUGAACUAAAAACAAGGAUUAACACUACAGAGUUCAGUAUUAUUCGGCUGUCUGUUACCGUGGGAAAGCACCACAUUUAUCACGUGGACACCACCGUGGGUUUCGGUGUGAUCGUUUACGGGUUUGAUAGCCGUGAAUCCUACGGGUUUCCGCUGGGACUAACUACACAGGGCGGACCACGAGACACGGUUCGAGUUCUAAGCGUUCCCGAUGAACGGACCUGACCAGAAUUUUUACAUCAAGUGUUACGCAACGCUCUGUGACACUUCCGACGUGACAUCAUCACACCGAUGUGAACAGAGACCGCACUGCGCAUAACAAUGAUCUAAUAUGUUGACGAAAAACAAAGACAUAUUUUGUGUGUUUUUUGGAAAUGAAGGCAUCAAUUAAAAAAGGAUUCGCAACCGUGAA